UUUAUCUUGUACACAGCUGUUCAAAGCUGCAAACUUCAUACGUCGGCUUAUGUAUGCAAAAAAAAACGCAAACCAAAACAUUGCCGUCCAAUAAACAUUGCCCAAAAGCCGCAAGCGGUGCAGAUAGUGUGGAACGGCAUAACAAUUUUUUUUCGUAAUAUGCUCCGCUACAGAGGUGUUAAACAGGCCCUAGAUGCCGUUUCUCGACUGGAUGCAUUUCCCAAAGUAAAGGAAGAAUUCGUACAACCGACGCGUGUCGGUGGAACAUUAUCCCUCAUCAGCCGACUGGUGAUUGUGUUUCUAAUCUACCACGAAGUAACAUACUACUUGGACUCGCGAUUGGUAUUUACAUUCGUUCCCGAUACGGAUCUGCAGUCGAAGCUGAAGGUACACAUUGACCUAACGGUUGCAAUGCCAUGCAAAUCGAUAGGAGCCGAUAUUUUAGAUUCAACCAACCAAAACGUUUUCUCGUUUGGUAUACUGCAAGAGGAAGACACCUGGUUCGAGCUGUGUCCCAGUCAGCGCGUGCACUUCGACUACAUGCAGCAUCAUAACUCGUACCUAAGAAACGAGUAUCACUCGAUAGCGGAAAUUCUGUACAAAUCAGAUCACGCCGUCGUAUACAGCAUGCCCGAGCGGGUCAUCAUUCCAGAAAAGCCGCACGAUGCGUGCCGCAUUCACGGUGUGCUUACGCUGAACAAGGUUGCGGGCAAUUUUCACAUCACUGUCGGCAAAACGAUACACUUCUCCCGCGGACACAUCCAUUUAAAUAGCAUUUUUGCCAACACGCAAACCAACUUUUCCCACCGAAUCAAUCGAUUCAGUUUCGGGGAUCACACCGCCGGAAUCAUCCAUCCACUCGAAGGAGAUGAGAAACUUUUCGACAAUGGGCAAGUGAUGAUGCAGUACUUCAUUGAAGUCGUUCCGACGGAUGUGCAAAAGUUUUACUCCCAUUCCAAAACGUACCAGUACACUGUGCGGGAAAAUUUGCAACUUAUCGAUAUCGACAAGGGUAUGCAGGGUGUAGCGGGGAUCUACUUCAAGUACGAUAUGUCUGCCCUGCGGGUGCUAGUCCGCCAGGAUCGGGACAGUAUUGCACACUUUAUUGUGCGGCUCUCGUCAAUAAUUGCCGGCAUAGUGGUGAUAUCCGGCAUGCUCAGCAAGUGCAUGCAUCUUAUUGGAGAUGCGUGCUGCAAGCGGCGGUACAACGACGAACCAAUAGCACAAAACAACGACAGGACGGCAACCGUCAAAGGGGCCGUUAUUGUAAGCUGACAAGAUGGCGCACAGCGGACGCGCGAACGACACGGGUAGCGUUUUUAACGAUAAGCAGGAGCGGUGAAGCAAAUUCAGAUCUGAAAUAAAUCCCUAUUGGUGUGAUAAAAGUG